AUGGAACAAGAGGAAAUCGAACAUACGGACUCAUUCGUAGCUGACGAAGAACCAAUCUAUUUGUCAGUAGCUUCGCUGGAAUCAGAAAAUGAGAGUCGAGAAAGUUGCGAUAAUAGCAGUCGAACACUUUCUAAAACUCGCUCAGUCAGUUUUGCUCCAAUGGUGGAAGAAUAUGAAAUCCCAGCUCGAUCAUCGAUUUCUUCCGAUUGUUCGACUGAUUUCCUUGAUGCACUCGUUGAAAGUUAUAAACUUCAAACAUCCGUCAAUCUCAGUUCAGUUCCCGAAGAAAAAAAAUAUACUCGAAGAACGACUCAUGUACGUUCGAAUCCAAAUUGGCGUGAACAUCGCAUUCGACGUUUAAUGAAUCGUUUAGAAGAAUUAACGCUUUGGGAUCGAGAAGAAGAAUUAAAAGCUUCUCAAGCUCAAUCUCUACGUUCGCAAAAACUAGAACAAAUCCACGAUCGUCAACGGAACAACGACCUAUGUUUACAACUAAUGCGUCAACGGCAUGAAAGCGAAAUGGAAAGCGCUGUACUCUUAGAUCAACAAGCAAAUCCAGUUAACAAAGAAAACAUUCAUGCAAUUAUCUCACGUACAAUGAAUUUAACGUCACCAUCCGACGCACAGGAUUACAAUCUGCCAAAUCCGCCGUACCAGCUCAAACGACGUAUCGAAAAAGAAGAAGAAGCUAUGACACAUUUGAAAACGCCCAUCGGCCGAUAUCGCCGAUUUGAGAACAACAUGAACACUAAACUUGAAAAAAUCAAUCAAAAUUUCAAACCCGACUGGCAAAUCAUGCGCGCAUAUAAUCCGUACUUCACGUCAAUACCGGCCAAUGUUGUACCACUAUUUCACGAAACGUAUGCAUCAUUACUUUCAAUACCGGACGCAUACUCUCGUCAAUCAUCACAUGCGUCAAGUCCGGAUUGCGAAGCACGCGUCCAAGCUCGUUCAAAUCGCGAUGUACGUGUGCCAUUAAAAGAUCACAGUACUGACAAUAGCGAUAACGAUGACGAUGACGAUGAUGAUGGUAAACAUCGAGGGAAAAACUCACGCUUGAGUUUUAGCCCAGCACGGCGAUCGACAAGUGCCACACCAUCGAGUAGUUCAUCGAAACAUGACUAUUCAUAUGUUAACUCUCGACAAAUCCCUUCGAAUAACAUAUAUCGACGAAGUUUUCACGAUGAUUUCAAUAGUUUAACUUAUUAUUCAUACGAAACCCACGAUCGUCAUUUACCAACUCGUCUUGAAUCAUCGAAUGACAAAUCAACCAGCAAAUCUCGCUCGUCAUCUAUCCCCGCCAAUCGACGCAUCAAUUUCAAUCAUCACGAUAUUUUAGAUCAAUUCAAUCUGCUUUGUUUGUCAAUAUUUCAUUUCUAA